CAUUUUUUGACCGUGUCAGACAUGUCUAAGAAACAAAUAUGCCAGCCACCUUGUUUAGAAGUCUAGUAUAAGUAUAAGUAACGACAAAGCAUAUAUCUGAUUCAAUGGAAAACGAGUAUCUAUUUUCUUAUAUUUUUGAAAGUGUACGAUUUAUCAAAAUGCGCUUCGCUCUCGUCGUCCUCUCCGCCCUCUCCCUCGUCUCCGCCGAAAAGGUCCUCUACUGCGCCUUUGCCAGCGACAAUACAGGCAUGGAACAGAAGCCCUACUGCUGUGACUCGUACCAGCCUCACGAGCACCGCAAGGAGACUCUCAUCGGGAGUGGAUGUGGGGAUCCUCUGACCAAGCCGCAGGGGUGUAAGGGGUAUCUGAAGCCGACAUGCUGCUACACAAUUGGUCAAGAGUAUAUCUGUACCUCGGACGCACAGUUGACGGACGAAUAGAAGGAAGACGAGAAAUGCUGUACUAUGAACUCAUACCCAUGAAACAUACUGAAAAUGAAUAAUUGUCAGCCA